UCAGGGAUAGAGAUGAGAGCAGAGUUUCAACAGAAAAUGUGCGGGAAAUGUUUACACGAAACUCUUCAACAGAAGCAACCGAAAAUGAUUAUACCUCCAUGGUUGUCCAAGAAAAAAUGCGCCAACAACAAGGUGUGAAGACUGAUGUUGCUGAAGUCGCAAAUGUUGGUGCAUCAGCAGAGAUAAUGGAGGCUUCGUCUAUAUGCCGCCAUAAACGUUCAGAUGGGUUGAUUUACGGAGACCUGGACUUUACAACCACCAGUGUUAGUGAUACAGUCAAUGGCACCAUGUUGGAGACUGAGUACGCUGCACUCAACUUCAAUGCCAUUGUUCCUCCACCACGUGACUAAAACAAAGGACCAAUAAAAAAGAAAUAGAAGAAAAAAUAUUUUUAAAGAAGGUUUAAAAUUGAUAUCAAGAAUAUUUAACAUUUUUGUUAUUUAGAUGAAAGAAGUGUUUUACUUUUAGCAGAAGUCACUUUGAAUACAAAUUUACUUUUCCUGUAUGUUCAAUUGAAAACGCAACAGGAUGGCCAUAUAGUUAACUGAUGAUGUUGCUAACAUAUCUAGUACGAAUGAUUUAAUGGGACAAAUCAUGACUGGUAAAACAAAUCACUCUUGGUGUAAAUAGUUUUGGUUAGACAAUUAUUCAAACUUUUCUUUGGAAGUUAAGUCAGUGUAUAGAAUAACUUUCCAUCUUUAAAUGUGUCCACUGGAUAUUGCAUUUUGAAAUGAAUAGUUAAAUAAGAAUUAUUAAUAAAUUAUUUCUGAAAUGUUUUCUAUAUAUACAUAUCAGUUCCUCUAUGGACAAUGAAUAUCAACAGUUAAGGACGUUUUCUAUUUUACACAUAAGGCUAGAGCUAGAUAAAGUGUGGACUUAUCAGCUACUUUCACAGCAAAUAGCUUAUUGCAAGCUGCUUAAAGGAGUUGUUAAAUCUUCCCGAUGUGGGAAAAACUGACAAAAUGACCGAGAUUUGCCGUACAGAAGGUUUUGAGUAUAUGUUAGAAAAUUUAGUGAAUACUUUAUUAUUAUUAUCUCGCACAGCUGUUUGUGUGUAUAUUUAUAUUCAAAGAAAGAUUUUGACUUGAUAGUCUACUACAUACACACACGCAUGUAUGUGCGGGUGGAUGUAUAAUUAUUUAGACCAAACAGAUAAGGAAGUAUGAGUUGACAAAUAUCUGUACUGUUAAAAUUCUAUAAACUCGAGUUUAUACCGCCCUUGUCCUGUAUAGCAAAUACCUACAAUUAUUUUUUUUUAAAUCAGGUUUUGAAUUUCCAAUGAUGUUGGGAUUCCACUAUUAGCACAGUUUUUAAAAUAUAAGAAACUGGGUAUCAAUUUAACUUUCUGGUGUGAUAGCUACACCAUCUGCAUAAACAUGGUCAAGACUUUUUACUUUAAAUAUUUAAGUUUAGGAGUGUCUACUUUCAGUAUGGGAUUAUAUCAAGACAUCUACUAGACUUAAAGAAUUAGCUCUACGGAUAUCUGUUCCUAUUUCAGUUCUAAGAACGGAUGACAUACGUAGCUGGGGUGUGUGGUUCAUACCCGGACUAGUCAGUAAUCCAUCCUAAUCUUAAUGCUCAAUCCUACUUCUGAUGGAAGGAGUUUUCCUCACUUCGAUAAACGAGAGAAAACUAAACGAAUAUUAUUCACAAAUGUUAUUUCGCCAAUAUGAUGGUUUCAUAAACUUAUAAAAUGUGUUAUUUGUCUUCUUUGACCUGUCUUUGUAUUGUUUUCAAGAUAUAGCUGUAAUUAAUUCUCUUUCUGCAAUAAACUUCAUGAGACAAAGGCAUGUGUUUCGUUCUGUUAUGGCCAUGCCAUAGUACUAGCUCAGAAUGCAAUGUCUAUUGUCCCUCUAAUCAAAUACCGAACCAAAACAUAUUUCUGUCUACCUUAGAAUUGGAUAAAAACACGCAAAAGCAAAGAGGUGGACAGAUGUCCAUACGGAACACUAAUAGCGCAAUGUGAAGAUUUUUCCCUUUACAAUUUCUGGUAACAAAGCAGACAGGGAGAGUAUGAUUCUCUUUGCAUGUGGUUCUUUUUUUCCAAU